GACACGUCAUCUGGGUAACAAACAGAGUCGAGAGGCAUUCAGGUCAACAUCGUUUAUCAAGUACACUCGAACUGACAAAUAGCAGAGCGUAUUGGAUGACUGGUUUUCUGGUGUUUUGUAAAUAUCAWUCGAGAGAAAGUCAAUUUCUAGACGAAAAUUACCAUAAAGUGUCCUCACAACUUUGCAAGACCGAUUUUCACGCCGCGACCAAUYUACCACCUGUGGAUACAGUUACUUUCAUAUUUUCUUGGUAAAUUCAAAUCUGUGAAGGCUUGUAAUUGUAUCAUGUCAACACUGCAACGACCAACAUUAACAAAGAAACGACUAAGCUGGAUUGAUAUGGCUGGUAGUGCUUCGUCCAGCAGUCACAAAAUCAAACUGACGCGACGAAUAGUCCAAUUACAGCAGGAUAAAUAUGCUUCUAGAAUACUUGAUCAAGGGAGACAGCUUUGUUGUGAAUACGUGGAUUCAAAGCUCGAAAGGGAGGGACUGAAACGCAGCUCUCGACCUUCAAAUGGCCUUGAAGAUUUUGGAGAAAACUGGUCGACAAUCUCAACACGUGUACAAGAAGUUGGUUGGAUGUUAGAGGAGUGUUAUCCAAGAUUAUACACUGAUAUUUCAAAACAUGUAAACAUUUCCUUUACUAGCGAUGAGGUUGUACACGAUUUGUUUACUCGUGUCGGUUCAGAGAUUGUAUCUGAAGGAGUUAACUGGGCCAGAAUCGUUGCUGUCUUUCAGUUUGCUGGUGCACUUGCAACCGAGUGCUACAGAGAUAGUAGAAGUGUUUUCGUCAGUGAACUAUCGAAUUGGAUGUACGAACUUACGGCGAUGCAUUUGGUUGACUGGAUCAAACGAAGAGGAGGAUGGCAUGAUAUUUUAAGAGCAUUCCCACGUUCCAGUAUUGCUGAUUACAUCAUCACGUCACGUGGUCGAUGGCGCGUUAUUGAUUUCUUGUCAAACUGGCUAUAUUAUUUCAUUGUAAGGAUAAGAGAAUCAUUUCUGACUGGUCUACGUGCUGUUGGUGGACUUGAUGAGAAAAAUUCAUGACCAAUUUUAAUUGAAAGAGUUUUUGAAGAUCCAUUUUAUGAUUUAGGCUGGCACAGCAAGAUGUUAAUAACUUCACAAAAUUACUGAUCAACAGUGUACUUUGAUUCUCUAAAAAAAUACUUCGCAGCUAUCAGAUUCAUUUUGUUCAGUGGAACAGAUUGCUUCAACCAUUUCUGGCAUUUACAAUUUUAGUAUGUUUUUAGGACAUAAAAUGAAUUUUAAGUCAAUGAUGUACAUCUGAGGUUCAGUGUUUUAUAACAUUGAAGAUUUGUAUAGCAACAGGGAAAUUUUGUAUAUUUUUAAAAAGUUUGUCUGCACAUUUUUUAUUAGUCAUAGUGCUUUUUUCUGCAGGGGAAAUUAGUUUUGACUUUGUAACUUUUAUCUUUUUAACUCAGAAUUUUAAAUUUCAUUAUAAUAAUAUUGAAAAACAAUGUUAGAAAGAAUAUUUGAAGGAAUUAUGGGAAUGUAUCAAAGUUUAAAAGUUAUAAAUAAAUGUGGAUUAUUUAAUAAACUCAUUGAGCACAAAAAAAGGCAAUGCAUUAGUGACCACAUACAGUCUAACUUGUCAUUCUAUUGCAUAACACUGAAAAAGGAUGUACAUAUUUUCAUGUCACUCUAUUUCUGUCAGCCUUGAGUUACAAAAACAAGCAUAAACUUUUGGAAAAGGAAGCUAUUUUAUUUCUAUGACGAUUAUAAUUAUAACAUUACAUGCAGACGGUAUUCAAUACAAUGUUUUGACAAGACCAUGCCUUAUUCUUUCAUCAUCAUCAUCAUCAUCCUUCGGCCUCGGCCGAGAGUCCUCUAACAACAGACUUCCACACCGCCCUGUCAGCCAUUACUGCCCUAAGAUCUUUAAARAAGCCAAACAUUUUUAAUUCCACUGACAGAGAAACCCUGAAGUUGUCAAAGACUAAGCCACAAGUCUGUGAUGGUAAUGAGUCUGAAUGCGUCAACUUAACAUUAUAUAAAUAAUAUUCUCACAAAUUUGUGCAGGAUCCCAUUACAACAUUUCUAGGGUUUAAAAGAGUGCUUUUCAUAAGCCAGGGAAACAAUUMACUUUAAUAGUCAAAAUGUAACAAUGUGUGGUACACAAAAAAAUCAUUGAGAAAUAAAGUGUCUAAUGUUUAUACUUUGCAGAUUUAUGAAGACCACUCUAACAUUACAAUAUCAAAUUAAAAACAUUUAACUUUCUCAACUUAGUGAUAAGCAAAG